GGACAGGAGAUCAGCACGAUCAAGGCGCAAAAGGUGGCGCUCACGCGCCGAAUGCGCGACGAGGCGGACUCGCACCGCGCGCAGCACCAGGCGCGCGAGCGCGAGCUGGCCAAUCUGCGCCGCAAGGGGGAGAGGACGGCGGCGCAGCUGGACCGGCUGCAGCAGGACCACGCAAGGCAGGGCGCCGUGCUCAAGCGCAAGAACGAGGAGGUCAUUGCGCUGCACAAGCGCGGGCAGCACGGCCGGCUGGGCGCCGCACCCGAGGCUCCUCGGGGCGGCGGAGCGCCGCUAGUCAGCCGCCCCGCGUGGGGAGCACCGGGCAAGGUGACGGCUAUCGACCAGAACCUGCCCAAUGUGGCCCGCAAGACGACGAUGGCCGCGCAGGCGCGGCAGGCGCCCUCGUUUGAGCGGCGCGGGCACGGCGACACGAAGUCGGUCAACGGACGGCCGGCCAAGGAGUGGUUCACGGAGCAAGUGAGCGUCGCGGUGGACCACCAAAAGCUGCGCGACUCCAAAGAGGUGCUCGUCGAGGAGCGCCGCCGGUGCAACCUUGACAUUGUCGCCAAGGAGAGCCAGCUCAAGGAGGGCGCAGCGUCGGAAAACACGCCGCGUGAGCUCGAGGAGCUCAAGGCUCGCCGCGAGGCGCUCAACCGCGAGAUCUGCGAGCACAACCAGAAGCUCUCGGCAAAGGACGACCUCGCGCACGUCAAGAUCGAGACGAUCUCGCAGCUGCAGCUCGCGAGGUCGCUGCUGCACUGCGCGUUCGACCAGAGUGUCCAGGCUUUCACGGCGCUGCACGCCGGCAAGGCGCAGCUCGCGCACAAGGAGGAGGGCCUCCAGGCGGCGCGCGACACCACCAACACCGUGAGGCUGCAGCUGAUGCGGGAGCGUUCAGAGGGCAGGCGACAGGCCGCGCGCGACGCAGCAGAGAUCAAGGCGCUGCAGGAGGCCAACGCUGCGCUCCAGGCGCAGGCUCGGAGGCGGACCCGCGAGAUGCCCGAGUCCGAGUCGGACGAGUCGGACGAGUCGGAGUCCGAGUCGGAUGCUGUGGGGGAGACGUCCGACGAAGACUGGAUGGAGACGGACGAGGCGCGACCGCUGCGCCGGCCGUCACGCGUCUCCACGGCGGCAGCGGCCACGUCGGGCAUGUUUGACGCGGUGGAAAUGGAGCCAGGGAUGGCCACGCGCCGUUCGCGCCGCUCCUCGGUCGCGCGCCGUCCGAGCCCGAGCGCCAUCUGCCGCUCGGCGGCCGCGCUCGAGCCCGCCGCGGGCUUGACGCCUGAGUCGGAUGCGCUCAAGGAGCGAAACAAGGAGCCUCUCAUCGACCGGCUCUCCCGGAAGGGGAGGCGCGCGCCGGAGGGGCCCAAGGCGCCCGAGGGGCCCAAGGCGUCGGCCGCGGUCCUGCUGCCGGCGCCGAUGCCGGACGCGACGCUCGCGGGCGCGGGCGAGGCGGCAUCGCGCUUGCUUGAGGUGGCGACGCCCGACCGCGGUCUGAAGAUGGAGGGCGCGCUGAAGGCGCUCGACGUCACGCAGACAAACGACGAAUUGCGCGAUGGCAUCAACGGCUUGCGGCGCAGGCUCGCCGAGACCGCCGUGGAAGAGCCGCGCACGGCAACGCCGGACGUGACGUCUCAGAUCGAGGAGAAGCUGCGGCAGGAGAAGGCGCGGCAGGACGACGCGUCGGAGAAGAUGAAGAAGGCGGGCUUCUUCCAUCGCAUGGUGAGGUCGGUGUCGUCGCCGCGCGUGGUCAAAGAGUAG